ACAACACUACAAAUCUAUUACAUUUAUUGAGCUAUAAGCAAUCAGUAAACCAUGUCUGACGCGUUUAAGAAAGCAGCCGAGGAAGUCAAGACCCUUCCCAGUGCAACGGACCAAGAGAAGCUUGAGUUGUACUCUUUUUAUAAGCAGGCUACAGUCGGCGACGUCAAUACAGGUAGACCUGGCAUGAUGGACUUUGCAGGCAAAGCUAAAUGGGAUGCAUGGAACUCAAGGAAAGGGACCAGUAAGGAGGACGCUGAGAGCCAAUAUAUUGCCAAAGUGGAGGAGCUGAAAGGGAAGUAUGGUGUCGCCUAAUUCAGUCCGGACUUUUGCAGGAAUGUUAAUUUAUUCUUGCAUAAUUUGAUAGGAGGGACAUAAUUUGUAGCGUUUCGAUUGACCUUAUUUAUAUUAAUUGAUAUGUGAGUGAAGCGUGCUAUUGCAAUAUAUAAUAAUGGUUUUCACUAAUAUCAGUAUACGGUAUGAUCAUUGAUCAAUUUUUGUUGAAAGCCUUAUAAUUAAUAACUAAUUUUUAGAUUAUUUGAUGAAAUAUUGUUUAUCUUACCACUUACAGCUCCAGCCUUAGUACGUAGUUUUCCCAGUUAAUUUGGAAGGGUACGUUUUCUUAUGGAUUAAAAGCCUUAAAAGAAAAUUAAGAUCCUUUUUGUACUGAAUGUUAUGUGUAUGUUGUGUGUGCUUCAAAUAUAAUUUCUUUAAAAA